AAUAUUUACAUAACAAUGUGUCAUACUCAACAGUUGUUGGCUGGCAGUGUUCAUGGUCUCUUAGAGUGGCUGAGUGUGCCUGCAGGUCUUAAACUAAACCAACCUCUCACUCAGGCACUCUCUGCAUUUUUCUCUUACCAUGUUCACCUCUGGAGGUUAUACCUAGAACUGGCAGAUCCAGUAUUAAGAGGUUUAGCCUGGGUGCUUGUCUGGCUGGGGAUGUGUGGAGCAUCAGUGCAAGUGGCUAUUCUGUCCGAUCUCUUAGACCUGGCCACACUGCAUCUCUACUGCUUCUACGUCUAUGGUGCACGAAUCCACAUGUUGCAAAUAUCAUUGCUUGGCUCAAGUGGCGUGCUUUCGGGUCGAAAAUGGAAUCCGUUAAAACAACGAGUGGGGCACGAACGAAUGGAAGCCAAGUGUCAUACAAGAUUCCCCCACGCUGUGGUUUUACCCCCAGUUAUUUCCUCCCGCCCCCACAACAAUCUACAUUUUGUAUUUUUUUUGUUGAGAGUGGGAUUAAACCUACUGAGAGGACUACUGGCCUUUACUAUCUGGCUACUGAACAUCAACCCACUACACUUGUUCCUGCUUAACAUAUAUGGCUCCAACAGAGUGAAAGGUGAUAUAUACUUCUCAACUGUUGCAGCUGAUGAAUCUUACAAGCAUUUCAAAAAUACUGUCAGUUCUCCACUGGUGCUGCAGUUGCACACUUGGCCAACUGCUCUCUGUGAAGUACUGCUGGUACAUGCUCAUGCUGACAUCUUUCCUCCAAGACCAUCACCUAACUGGCAGUUCAUAUUUUCAAGUAUAAUUUUUGGUGAAGAUCUCUUGUGAAUAACUACCUAAAGUCAUACCAUAGUAACGGAAGCCAGUAUGUGCACACAAAUGGUGCAAACCCUUCCACUCAACCAAUCAUAGUAGGAGUCCCACAGGGAAAUGUCAUUGGACCACUCCUCUUUCUCAUCUACAUCAAUGACCUACUGAAUGCAUCACAGCUACUCAAACCCAUAUUAUUUGCAGAUGACACUACAUACAUCUUCUCCCACCCAAACCCAGUCAUACUCGCCAACACUGUCAAUGCCAAAUUUUAGAAAAUAUCUGCCUGGAUGAUGACUAAUAAACUUACCCUGAAUACUGACAAAACCUACUUCAUUCAGUUUGGAAACUAAGCUGCAAGUGCUCCACUUAACAUAACACUUAACGGAUCAUGUGUCACAAGACUCGCGGAGGGAAAAUUCCUAGAAAUCCACCUUGACAGUAGCCUCAAGUUCCAAACACAUAUACAUACAACAAAUCACCAAGAAAAUCUCUAAGACUGUAGGCAUACUAUCAAAGAUACGAUACUAUGUUUCACAAUCGGCUCUCUUUGCACUGUAUCAUUCACUCGUCUACCCUUAUCUCACUUAUGGAAUUUGAGCAUGGGGAUCAACAGCAUUAAAUCACCUAAGACCAGUAAUAACCCAGCAAAAGGCUGCAGUCAGAAUAAUAAAUUCCCACUCCUGACAGCAUACUCCACCAAUAUUCAAAAGUCUAAAUCUUCUCACCAUUAAGAACAUCCCAUACUUAUUCAUGUGCCUACUACAUACAUAGAACAAUACACGCAAACAUAAACCCUCCACUCAAACUUCUUACCAACCUUAACAGGACAUACGACCAAACACAAGACACAGAUCUCUUUUUGAUGUACCCCGUGUCCAUAUCACGCUGUGUAAAAACUCUAUGCACAUAAAGGGCCCCAAAAUUUGGAAUUCAUUACCAGAAAAUAUUAAAGUAACCCAGUCUGAAAAUCAAUUGAACACACUUCUCAAAAGCCACUUAUUUAACAUUACCAAUAAAUCUACCAGUUACCUAAAUCUUAAAACUUCAAGACUAGACAACUGAGUUCAUAUAUUGACAAAUUACCACAUAGAAAUAUAUAUACCUACCAAAAGCAGUACUGCCCUUCUCCAAAUUGUAGCAUUCUCAUACUGGAAACUACUCUUGAAUCAUGUUUCAUAAAAAGCAUUUUUGAAUAUAUGAAUAUAUCCUUGUUUGUAUAAAUUAGAUUCACUUUUAAUUAAUAGAACUACAGUACAACUAUGAUAAAUUUCUUUGGUGUUAAGUAGUCAGUAAGCCAUUAAAGUAAGUCAGCCCAUAAUGCCUAGGCAUAAUAGAGGCUCUUUGCAUUGCAACCCAUUAUUGGAAAUACGUAAUCUCAGUGUACUACUUGCAAAUAAAUUUGAAUAUGUA